AAAAAAUUAAAAAUAAAAUGUAAUAAAUUGAACUGCAGAACAUCAUCCUAUCCCCUUCCAAAUUCCAUUUGUGGAUAGAAUUGGAAAAACCCACUGCUCCAAUUCCAAAAGCUCACUGUUACACAACAAUGGCGUCUUCAUCUCUGUGCUCUGUUUCCCGACCCAAUUACCACCCUCUCCCCUCUUCUCACUCUUCAUUUUCUUCUACCCUUCCUCAAUUCCACUUCUCCGGCAUUAAAUGCCACACCCUUUUCAAGAAUUCCGCCGUCUCUUGUUCUUCAUCGGUGAUGAAGUUCAGUAAGCACUCUUUGUUAAGGUCUUUGAAGGUGAAAGCUGUGGCGGAGGAAGAAAGCACCCUUGUCUCUGAAGAAGAUACGCUGCCACCGCCAGCCGCCGCCGCCGCCGUGCCGGACCCGACUGUUUCCGUGCCGGUGUCGCCUUCCGAUGUCCUCACUAUGUUUUUUCAGGCAGAAGGAACAAUGACUGACUUGGCUAUUCCUGGAGUUACCAAGGCCUUGCAGGAAGUCGAAGGAAUUACAGAUCUCAAAGUACAGGUUAUCGAGGGAAUAGCAACCGUGGAGUUAACGAAGCAAACAACGGUACAAGCAACCGGAGUGGCUUCGAAUUUGGUGGAGACAAUACAGGGUUCUGGAUUCAAGUUGCAGACUUUGAAUUUGAGCUUUCAGGAUGAAGAAGAUUUCAGCUAAUUAAAUUCAUCCUUAUUCACUCCUUUAGCAAUUUUUUUUGUAUUUUUUCGGGAAUAUCGUAAUUUGCGUGAUGGCCCUCUAAUUAUUGUGUAAUUGUUGUAUCUUUUGCAACCCAAGGGAAUAAAUAAACCUAUGCUAGUAGAGAAUUAUAUACAUUUCUGUGUUCAUGAGAUA